GGUGCCGAAAUUGAUUGGUGCCGGAAGUGUCUUGUUACCUUAAGCGACCAUAUUUAUUUUCGAUGUCUUCAGCGACAGAAACAGAAACGUGUCAGAGAAUUUGAACAGACAUCAUUCUGAGUGAAUCUCAGUGAAAUUUGAAUAUAAAAAAUAAACCAUCUUUGUCACGGGCAAAAUAUGAAGUAGUUCUUUAAAUCAAGGAUAAGAAGUUGGGCAAGAGUACACAGUACCAUCAUGGAGUCACUUUUGACUUCUGCAGACACAGCUUACAGCAGGCCAUCCAGAAUGACAAUGAAAUACACUAAGUUACAUUCUGGGGAAUCUAAUGGCAAUGUUGACCAGGAACUUGAAGCUAUAGCUUUAUUAGAGAGUGAAUCUGAGUCCUCAGGAGGAGAGAUGUACACUGAAGAAGCAAACAAGAAACAUUUCACUGUAGAGGAAGCCGUAGAAGCAGUUGGGUUUGGCUGGUUCCAGAUCCGACUGUACUUCAUGUGUGGUUUGUUUACUGCCGCAGAUUCCUUAGAAAUGAUGUUACUGGCAGUUAUAUCUCCCGUGUUGAGAUGUGAAUGGGGAUUAGAACAUUUCCAUGUUGCAUUUAUAACUACAGUUGUGUUUAUUGGGAUGUGUAUCAUGGCCCCGGUAUGGGGUGCCAUAGGGGACAGAUAUGGAAGGCAGACAACAUUAUAUAUGGUAACAUUCUGGAUAGGAUACUAUGGACUGCUAACAACAUUUAGUCCAUCUUAUUAUUGGAUCCUGUUUUUACGAUGUCUUGUAGGUGGGGGUCUUGCAGGGUCACCUCAAAGCUUUGCCUUGAUGGCCGAAUACUUACCAGCUAAAUAUAGAGCCAAGAUGCUGAUCCUUGGAAGUGUGCCGUGGGCCAUUGGUACUAUAUUUGAAGUGACAGUAGCUGCGUUUACUAUACCUACACUUGGAUGGCGAUGGCUACUGGUAUUUUCUGCAGCACCUUCUUUUAUCAUGCUGCUUAUUUUAAAGUUUUUACCAGAGUCUGCCAGGUAUCUUGUAGCUGCAGGUGAUAAAGAUGGAGCAAUCAAAAUAUUACAAAAAGCUGCCAAAGUAAACAAAGCCUCACUUCCAGAGGGUAAUCUCGUCCAAUCAAAAGUUGUACAAAGAGGAGAAUUUAAAGAUUUAUUUUCAAGUAAUUAUGUAGGAACGACUGUAAUGCUGUGGGUUUUAUGGUUUGCCACGGCGUUCUCAUACUAUGGUAUGGUGCUAGCAAGUACAGAAAUACUACAAAAGAAAAAGACAGGAGAGAGUUGUAGCUGCAAUCUUUUAAACAAUAAUGAUUAUACUACAAUGAUACUAUCAUCAUUUGGUGAACUGAUCCCAUUACCUAUAAAUAUGUUUUUAAUAGACAGAGUGGGAAGAAAAAAAAUGGGUGCUUUUAAUAUGGGAGGUUGUGCAUUUUUCUUCAUGUUGUUACAAAUACCAAUGCCACAGAAAGCUUUAACUGCUGUAAUGUUUUGUGUAAGAGGAUUUUCAUCUGGGAUGUUUAACUUUGUUUACAUUUACUCAGCUGAGGUUUAUCCAACUAAUAUAAGAACCCUUGGAAUAGGUGCUGCAUCGUCAUGGGCUAGAGUAGGUGCUAUGGUCACUCCUUUUGUUGCUCAGGUAUUGUUAGAUCAGUCGUUAACAGCUGCUGUGUGGGUGUAUAGUAGUGUAUGUUCUGUUGCUGCUAUUUGUGCCAUAUGUUUGCCAAUAGAAACCAUGGGAAGAGCAUUACCACACACAACAUGAAGAAAAGAAAAAGUCUUUAAUCAAGCAGAAAAUCAAAAAACAUUGGUAGAAGAGGAAAUAUUCUUAAUUCAAUGAUUGUGUUCAGAUUUCGACAUUUCAUGUGAUUGAUUUGCAGAGCAUUCCAAUUGUUAUUUAUCAUUAGGUAAUCACCUGUAAUUAUGAUUGAAUUAUUUAUUAUAUUGCAAUACUGUAGGGAUUUAAAAAGAGCUGUGUAGGAUAGAAAUCGACCUUAUGCAAAAGCACAUAUACAUGUACAUGUUUUCUGCUCUUUGGUCAGGUUGUUGUCUCUUUGACAUAUUCCCCAUUUCCAUUCUCAAUUUAACAUGUACUGUCAAUUCAGAAAUUAUUGCAAAUAAUGGGACUUUGUGAGUAUGGCAAUAACAAAAAGUCGCUUUCUGAUACCUGACACAUAUUAGAAUGGAGAUUUUCCUGAAAUCGCAAUAAUUAAUCUCACAUUUUUGUCCUUUCUUCAAAAAUUGCAAUAAUAAAUGCAUGCAAUAAUUUCUGAACACAGUACAAGACUUUGAUUGAUUUUGAAACAUUCAAAUAUGAAAUAAAAGAUGAAUUUUGUCUGUUUUGUAGCAUUCUUAUAUCAACUCAAUGUUCAAACAGUUACAGACUUAGAGAUUUUUCAAACCCAAGUAGGUUAAUAGAUGUAUUGAUAUUCAUUUGCAUAAAGUUGAUUUCUAUCCGAUGCAACUCAAAUUGAAUUUACAGCAGAAUGCAUCGAGUGUGUAGGUAAAGGUAAUAUCUUUGGUUAGCUUGCAAGCUUGUUAGCUGAACCGUGAAGUCAUUAUUAGGUUAGGUAAACUACCCUCCUUUAAGAAUAGACUAGUCCGACAGAUAACCAAUCUAUCUGUCUGUAGGACUUGACUACUCCGAA